UUGACCUCUGGGAUCGACUGUGCGGGUCUUACCUUUGACAAUUCGUUGUACUGUUGUACAACAAUGGCAGGAGUCAAGGCCACACAACCUGAUCAGGUUUCCAAAACCAGGAGCGUACCAGCUGAAGGAUAUGAAAAGAAAUGUAUUUUCUGCAAGAUCGUAAACAAUGAAAUGGGCACGGAGCUUCUUCACUGUGAUGAGGAGAUCUCAUGUUUUAGAGACAUUAAACCUGGAGCUCCCCACCAUUACCUGGUCGUCCCAACCAAACAUGUAGGGAAUUGUAAAACACUCAGCAAGGACCAUGUGCCUUUGGUGAAGCGGAUGGUCGAGACAGGGAAGGAGAUCCUCCAGAAAAACAGCGUAACAGACCUCAGCGAUGUCAGGUUCGGUUUCCACUGGCCCCCAUUCUGUUCUGUCACACACCUACACCUUCAUGUCCUGGCACCUGCCAGUCAAAUUGGCUUCAUGUCCCGCCUCUUCUACAGACUCAACUCUUAUUGGUUUAUUACGGCAGACCAGCUGAUUGAGCUUCUCAACUCUAAAGGAGAGACCAACUAAUCCCUCGCUUUGGAUCCAGUUCUGACAGUACUUGACUUUGAUGUGACUGAAACAUCCACCUUCUUGCAGAGGUCAUGUUGAAAGUUGCUGUCUGUGAGAGCUAAUGACAGUAUCUUGUUUCUUGCUGCUUGCGACAUGUCACACAAAUGAUUUUUAAAAUGUUUUUUUUUACAGAAGGAGUUCAUUAAAUCUCAAUUAAUCCUCCGUUUAAAAAAAAAAAUGCAUUUACUUUAUGGACCACGUAUAGCAUACAGUUUGAUUCCCCUGUUUUCAUCUGGUAAUUGCCAAAGAAAUUGUUGAAGGCGUUUUUUCUUUUUACUGAAUGGAAAGUUGAGUACAACAGUAGAUAGCCAAUAUAAUUCACAAGCUGUUUUAUUUCCUGGCAUGCUUAAUGCUUUGAAAAUCAGAUUGUAUGCAUGUGUAAUUGAGAAAAAACUAUAACUAAGAAAACUUAAUUUGUCUAAUUCACAUUUUGACAUAACACGUUGGAUAGUUGUGUACCGAAGGUUCCUCAGCUAUGUUGAGUUAUCUCAUAAUUUUGUGGCCUUGGUGAAGUGGGUCAAAAAUCCCAGAGUAUUAUUAACUAUUUACAAGGCUCCUCUACAGUGGAAGCAGCUAAGUGAUCCUCUAACACUGUAAAGAAUGCUAAAUGAUCUCAACAAGCACUAAAAUAUAGCCAGGUAUCUGUUUAUACAUGCUCAUCUCACGUUUGAUUUGAUGCAAUGUCCUAGGAUUGUGUUAAGAUAUAUAAGAUGAACUAACGGUAUUGUGCAUGAAGUGAAUAUGCCAUACGAUACUACUGUAUGUUAAGGAAUGUAAAGACAGAAAACCAAACUGUAUGUACUGUACACAAGUGUAUGCACUUUAAGAAUUAAUUUAACUUGGAAUAAAUAUUACAUUGCUGCUCCUC